CAGGCUUCUGCAUCAACCUCGAGAAGUCUAUCGACUUCAGCGACUUUAUCUCACACCUAGCUCAGUCCACUCUCCGGAUCCCCAGUUUGGAAGAUAUCACGGAGUACGCUAGUAUGAACGGAAAAACCCUGUCACAGAUUGCACGCCACGCCAUCUACUGGGCUGACCCCUUGUUCCAACAGCCUGGCAAUGCAGAUGCAGGUCGCAAGGAUCUAGACUAUGUCAAGCUCAUGGACUCGCUCUACCCACCCCGCGGAUCGGACUCCUCGUCCAACGACGAAACCUUGGCCGACCCACAAACCCUCGAGAAGAUCGCCGAGGCGCGCAAGAACAACUCUAAGAUCAAAAAAUGGUGCCUUGAGAUGCUCAAUCUUAUUCGCACUAACAAGGCAGAUUUCAGCAGCGCUGUCAAGGCUGGUCGCUUCGUCAUGCCUGAAGGCCUUGUUGCCUGCGUUGUCGCGGUUGGGGAUCGACGCGCGUACCGGGAGAACUUUUAUUACUCGCCAUGGCGGCAGAUUCUAUCAGAAACCAUCGCAAUCCUGGACACUUCAAACUUCAAGGGGGUAAUGACCUUCUUUCAUAAGUACCCUAAGGCUCACGUGAGUACUGCCGUCAGAAGCUGUUAUGCAUUAAUUCCCCGCUACGAGAGAUUGCUCGUGUUCCUUGCUGAUAUUUCGACCACAGUUAAAAGGCUCAUCCCAAGCUCGCGUGGAAGAUGCGCUUGCAAGUUUCUAUGCUCGUCAUGAAAACAGCCGUAUGCUGGGCCUGAAGGUCGACAAAUCGCCCUAUUACCACGCCGACCGCGUGAACGACGCCGCGCGCCAUGCCAUUUUCCAAGAAGAGCUGCGCACCGCUCUCCUUGUUUUGCAAGACGUGGACCGAUGCCGAGAACGCUUGAAAGCUCUCAACUCGGUGACCAGUCAACACCACUCGUUAGAAGAGCUCCCUGAUGACGAAGAUGAUGACCAAGGCAGUGGCCUAAAGCGUGUU